AACGAUUUCAUUUCAUUCUUUCUUAGUAAAUCAAGCUUUCAGGAUCAAUUCCAUUACAACUUGGUAUCAGAGCCUAAAGGGUAAUCUUGAUUCUUUUCUUCAGCUUCGCAAUUUUUCUUUCCUUUGAGAAUCUCCUAUGACGUUUGCCAAUCAGACCUCCACUUCCGCCUCUCAUCCGCCUCCGCCUUAGAUUCCAUCAAUUCCUCAUGCAGGUGAUCUAGGUCCGAGCAGCUCGUUCAUCAUCCACCCUGCUGAGAGCUUGUCCCACCAACUGGUUUCUCAUGUGCUAGAUGAGAUCAACUACUCGACUUGGGAAUGAGCAAUAGUGUGCGCGCUUUCUACAAAAAACAAACUCCAGUUUCUUAAUAGCAUCAUCGUCAAGCCUACUCCCGGCGAUCCUCUCUUUCGUGCAUGGUCAAGAAACAAUACCCUUCUCCUCGGAUGGAUUCUCCGAUCCGUUUCUCCAUCAAUUGCUCAAGAAUUCCAGUGGUUCGAAGAUGCCCUGCUAGUCUGGAAUGAAUUGCGAACGCUUCUCUCGCGGCAACAACUUUCGCAUCGCCGAGCUUCAGGAAGACCUCUUCUAUACAAAUAAGGAUCCCCAGUCUGACCUCCAGUCCUCGAGGAUGAUUGGUACAGCUAAACUCUCCAAUGGUCUGUACCAAAUGGAUCCCCUUGCUGAUACACUAUCACUUACACACCAUCUUUUCCCACCCAAACCAUCUCAUUGUCUUUCCAUUUCCACUUUGACCUAUGGCAUUAUCGAUUAGUACACAUAUCCUACAGUAAACUUCCUCUAUUACAUUCUAUAGACUCAUCCAUCAGUAUGAAUAAAGAUCUUCAUUGUUCUGUUUGUCCUUGUGCUAAGCAAAAGCGACUCCCUUUUCCCUUAAGUCAAUGUCAUUCUUCUUAUAGGUUUGAUCUCCUCCAUAUUGACAUUUGGGGAGCAACUUCUGUAAGUUCAAUAUCUGGUCAUAGAUACUUCCUCUCAGUAGUUGAUGAUUUCUCGUGACAUACAUAGAUUUUCAUUAUGAAAACUAAGUCUAAAGUCAGACCUCUUUUGCAUGCCUUUUACACCUUCAUUCUCACCCAAUUGAACAAGAAAAAUCUAAGUUCAUAAGGACUAAUAGUUAGAGGUGGAAAUCGGUACGGUAUCGGUAUCUCAAUACCAAAUACUGAAAUUCCAAAUACCGAAUUACAGCCUAAAAUCAAUCAUAAUCUCAAUCCUUAAUUAAUUUCGGUAUCCCAAUCCCUAAAUAUUUCGGUAUCCCAAUCGGUACUUCGGUAUCCCAAUCAGUAUUAACCAAUAUAAAAUUAAUUGUCUUUGCAAUUAAUAAUUAACUAUAUAAAUGAGAUUUGAUUGUUUAGUUUAGGGAAAAGAGACUAAGCAAAGAGUCUUGAGUUUUCCUAGAGCUAGGAUAUGGAUAAGGAGAAUGGAGAGAUGUGACAUUUCAAAUUCUUGUCAUUGGUAAUUUUUAAUUUGACAAAUUGGAGGUCGAGAGACGACUAAUACUAGUAAGUGUUUUCUUUUUAGUGUUAUGAAAAUAGCAAGAGAUAAGGUAAUAGACGAGAGUGACUUAAACUGAAAAGUCAAAGUUUAGUUGGAUGAGGACUUCUAAGUUGUGAAAGAGUGAGGAAUGACCAAAGGUUGUGUGCUAUAUUUCAUUAGUUUUUAUUUCGAUAUUUCUAGGUAUUUCGGUAUACCGAUCCCAAUCGCGUAAUCCCGAAUAUCGAAUAGCACUCCAAGAUGAAUCUCAAUCUCAAUCCCUAGAAAAUAAGUCGGUAUUCGGUAAUACAAAAAAGUGAUAGGUUCGGUACGAUAUUUGGUAUAUCCCAAAUAUCGGUAUUAAACUUCCAGGCCUACUAAUAAUGGCCAGAAAUUUCCUAUAAUAUGUACUUGUAAGUCUUGUCUAUUGGAUCCUACCAACAGACAAAGAGAACACAUUACCACUAGCUUUCUAAUGUGGAUGUAAACACCAUUAACAUAAGGCUACAAACUACUCUUGCACAGAUGACACACAAUCAUCAACUUUCAGAACUCAACCUUUCAAGAAUUCAAGCUCCCCCAUUUUUCACUCCUUCUUCCAAGGUCCACCACUUUUCUCUCUUUUCUCUUGUGAGUUCUGCAUAGCGAGCUGCUGGCCGUAACAAAUGCUUCUCUAAAAGUGAGUACCAAUCCUUAGUCAGAGAAUAAUAACUGCUAACGAAAAUUGGUGCAAUAUUUAAGGCGACAAGUGUAAGUAACACAUACCGGUAUAAAUAUCUCUACAUAUCUUUCAUCCACAUCUACUAAUGAAACUGCUUAUCGUGAAGACUCAAUUACCUCUGGAGUUUUUUCUUCUCGAUGACUCGCCAUCAGUACAUUUGUUAUCGAAUUUUCUCUUGAAGAUGAAUACUUCAUGAUUGUCAAUGAACCAUAGUGUACAUGUCACUACACUUUGGUAUGUAUGAAUGAUCUCAGGCGCCGUGUGAUAAAUUCUCUUACAAAUCAGUAACUCAUUCACUCCUUCAAAUGUUAUAUAGAAUAUGUAACACCCAGCACACUCGGUGGUGACGUUCACAAUCCUAAGCAAAGUUAACUUUUGCUUCUGCAAACAUUUUGUACCCAACAUAUAAGAGAAUAGAUACUAACGAAACAAAAGAAUAGAUUAAUGUACUAACGUACAAGCCUUCCAAAGAAAGAAAAGCAGAUUUAGUUGAUUACAUUCACUGAUUGCGUAUUUCACGGACCCAUUAACCAUAUUAUUGAAACCCACAACAAAGCGAUAAUGGUAUGGCUGGAAAAUACCACCGAAAGUAAGAUAGCUCGGAUGACAAUCAACAUCAAAUGCAAUUUGAAUGUAAAUUGUUACAUAUUAUGCUGACGUUGUUUUGCUUAAUAUGUUGAAAAAGAACUCUUCAAUAUUAAAAGUUAAGUAAAGGUAGAGAUCAAAAGAUUGAUGAAAUAAUACUGUUUCAAAAUCUCAUUUCUAGUAAUCCAAUAGUUUCUACCAAUUAAAACAUAUUUAGAACUAUAGACAUUCCUACGGAAAGAUUUUAAAUAUGACUUCGAUUUGGUGUCGAAGUCUACCAAUUAGAUAAAAAGGAGAAGGAGAUCCGAAAAGACCAACAUUUAAAUGGAAGUGUUCUAUUUGAUAUGUUGAACACAUGUUUGAAAGGGCAGUGUUCGUAUAUUUUGUUAAUAAUGUUUUCUCAUAUUUUAUCAUUCUAGUGGUGCAUAUUACUCUCAUUUCUAGCAAAUAGCAAUCGCACAUAUUCUUGGCAUUCUAAACAAACUCUCUAUCCAAUUGUCUUCCAUAAAUGCUUCCAAAUAUUACGGGGAAAAAAAACAAACAGAACAAGCAUUGCAUUGAUUUUUUGGAUGUUAUGUUGUUGGUUGAAACUGAUAUGUUUUCUGUUUUGUUUUAGCAAUCUGUUGGGCUAUUUUCGUUUGAAUAGUACUAGAAAGAUGCUUUACUAUAAUUCUUAAUGACAGCGGCUAUCGAAUCAAGACUUCAGUACAAAAACUAUUGGAUGCAAAACUUAUUUAUGAAAAAAAUGCAAAACUACCGGUGAGAGUGAUCAAUGUGUUUUAGAGACCAAGUGUUCUCAGCUUUUUUGAUAUGGGAAUUAUGAUAAAUAUAUCGGCAAAAACACGAUUAAGAAAUGAGAUGUCAAAAAUUGUAGAAGUGAGUUGUUUAUAUCCACACAUCUAUUUACUAUUAGUUUAAUUGUUUUCUAACUAUGUCCUCUAACACACCUCUGCCCAAUUUUUUUGUGAGAGACCCUAAUUUGUCAGUACUAAAACUCAAGCCAUAAACAUUUGACAUAAAUAUGAUUAAUUGUAUUCAAUACACCUUUAUUAUGUUUAAAAUUUUUAUUGUUAUACGUUAUUAAGAAAUGAGUUAUAUAUAGCAUUAUAAAGGAAAAACCAAGAUCUUAUUAAUACUUUGCACUAAUUACAUGCUCGAAUAAGAGAUUACAAUAGUCGAGAGAUGAAGGAUGAAAGAUGAUGACCUCUAGUUUAUGAUGUGAUUUCAUUAAGCACUAAGAAACAAAUUGAUGUUCCUAAUAUGGAUGACUUGUUUACUUUUGGUGGAAGAACAAGACGUAGCAACCCUUAUCAGCCCACAACCUUGUUUUUAUUAUUUCAAUACAAUCAAUCUAGUCUUAAUUGAAAUUCUAAAAUCUCAAUGAGUGAUGAGUUCCUUGAACCAGCCCAUUCCUUUAUUACUGAUCGAACCUAAACCAAAAUUUUUAGUGUUACAUAUAUACGAAAUAGAGACUUAGAUACAAAAAAGAACUCAAUUUAUAUUCUACAUCUCAGGUCUUAAUCACCUUCAAAAAUAUUAAUCCAUAAAAUAUCUUCAAUCAUACUUACAAACUUACUUAUCUAUCAUCAAUUUAUUGUUUUUGUUUUGAAAAUUGUACGAACUACUUAGUCUAUAAGCGACCUUUCAUUUUUCAAAGUCUAUAUUUUCUUCCUAUAUUCCAUUUCUUUCUUCUAUGGUUGCCAUUGUUUUUCAUUUUCUUCAAAUAGUCUUUUGAAAUUUAUCAUAAAAUGAAUAUGUUUCUAGCCGUAAAUUAUCUAAGCUUAAUGGUUAAAAGAAUACAAAUAAGAAAUAUGAAUAUACAAUCAUGAGAAAUUAAGAUGAACCGGGACAUCAUAUUGAGUUGAUUUAUAAUAUAAGAAAUGAUAAAGGUCAGA